GCACACACACCGGCGCAGAACGACGAGCGAAUUCACUCGCCGGCUCUCAACAAGAACGCGUCGACAUAUACACCGUGCUCGAACGUACUGAGGUGAUAUAUUUGUUAUUUAUCCUGCGGUCGAAGGCGAGUCAAUCAUAAAAAUGGCCGGGGAAAAGCGUACUCAGGAUCAAGAAGAGACCCUAUUGUCAGAAACGGUGAUCCUGGUUGACAUCGAAGGCACCACGACGAGCAUAAGCUUCGUGAAGGAUACGCUUUUUCCUUACGUGCGAGAGAAUUUAAAGAAAUAUAUCGAAACUAAAUGGGAAGAUGAAGAAUUCAAGCAAGAUUAUGAAAAAUUGAAAGAACAGGCAAAAAAAGAUGAAGAAGAUAAAAUUGAUGGUUUUGUACCAAUUACUGGUACUAAUGCAGAAGAACAGAGAGAAUCACUUAUAAAAAAUAUAUUAUGGCAAAUGGAUAGUGAUAGAAAGACUGGUGCAUUGAAACAACUACAAGGACACAUGUGGCGUGAAGCUUAUAAUUCUGGAACAAUUAAAGCACAUGUUUAUGAAGAUGUACCAAAAGCUUUAGAAUCAUGGACAAGUGAUGGUAAAAAAGUCUAUAUUUAUUCAAGUGGUAGUGUUGAAGCACAAAAACUUCUAUUUGGACAUUCUGUACAUGGUGACUUACUUAAGUAUUUCAGUGGUUAUUUUGAUACUGAAGUAGGUGCAAAACAAGAUUCAAGUAGUUAUAAAAAUAUAUUAAACAAAAUUGGAGCAGAACCAUCAAAUGUAAUUUUCUUAACUGAUGUUGUCAAAGAAGCUGCGGCUGCAAAAAAAGCGGGUUUAUCAACAACUAUAGUAAUACGCGAAGGCAACGCACCUCUUACAGAUGAAGAAAGAAUGUCUUCCACGACUAUUAAGUCAUUCUUAGAUCUAACAUUUCAAACUUCUACAAAACGACAAAAGUUAGAAGCUACAGAAGCUCAAGAGAAUAAAACUAAAAGUACGGCUGAUAAUGAACCAAUGGAUACUUCUGAAGAUAUUGAAAUAUCUGAUAAAGUGGAAGUAAAAGAAGUUGUUCAAGAAGAAGCAAAAGAAUGUGUAAAAGAUCAGCAAUCAAAAGAAGCUCCCACUUCAGACGCGAAAAUAGAAGAGCCUAUGGUUAUUGAUACAAAAGAUGCAUCAAACGCUGAAAAGCUGGAAAAUUCAACUGAAAAGGUAGACCUUCAGUCAGAGGUGAGUACAAAAUUAGACACUUCCGAAAAUGUGCAAGUUGCUGUGAAUGAAUCGACAGCAACAUCUUCUAAAGAUGAUAAGUCCACGGUUUCUGAAAAAAUGGAAAAAUCUGUAGAUACUACAGAAAAAACUGUAGAAUCUAUACCAGAGGCAACUCAUACUGCUAAUGACACGUUGAAUGUCGGGACGAGUGAGCCUAAAUCAAAGUCUGAAGAAGUUUCUGCUACAGAGAAUAAGACUGAAGAAUCUUCAAAUAUUGUUAAAGAAACAAAAUCUGAUGACAUGAAAAUGACAGAUGUAAAACCUGUAGAAAAUGUAUCCCAAGAAAAAAAUAGUAACAGUACAAACGAAAAAUCAGAAGAAUGUGCUAAUAAACCAGAGAAAGAAACAAAAGAGGAAUCCACUGAGAAAAUCAUAAUUAAUCCUAGUAUAACAGAAACUAAACUAUCAGAAAAUGAUGAAUCUUUGGUAAAACCUGCACAAGAACCUACUAAGACAGAAGAAAAACCUGCAGAGAAUGGUAAUGUACCAUUAACAAAUGUAGAAAAAAUUACUGCGCCAACGAUAACAGAACCAGAAGCUACUAGUAGCAAAGCAGAUACAAAUACUGAAAUUAAGAAUACGACAGAAAUUAAGGAAAUAAAAUCUGAAACAGAAACAGAAUUAACUAAUGUAAAGUCUCCUAAAACGAAAGAAACAGAAGAAAAAACAGUGUCUGCAAACGACGCAGAAAAACAAGUAAGUGCAGAGAUACCAAAACAGGAAUUAACAGAGAAAUCAACGAAAGAAGAAACUGUAGCGGAUGAAACAAAAGAAACGAAUACAGUAGAUUCCGAAAAGAAAAAAUUAAAUGGUACAACACAGAAUGGAGAUACAGAUGUGCCAGUGUCAGAUGACAAAUUACAGAGAAAUGGACUAAAUGAGGGGUCAUCGAAUGAAAAUGUUAAUUCAUCAACAAGCGGAAGUACAUCUGCGCAAAAUGGUGAACCAGAGAGUUCCUCUGAAGCUAGUGCAGAAUCUAUAAAAGUCAAAAAGGUCGUUGAUUCUGCAGUAGCCGAUGGUGCCGGCGAACCUGACGUUGUUCCCCCAGUAGUUGUAGCUGCGACGUCUUAAUCUUGUUCUUAUACAUUUUAAGAAUGUCCUUCAUACAUAACCCCAACCCACAAUACUUAUCCGCAGAUAUAAACUGAAAAGUUGGCUCCCUACACCUUACAUAAAUCGUACGACGUUAAAGAUGUAAUACGUUAAUUUAAGAUACAGUUCAUAAAAUUUCUAUUUCUUCGACAAAUGUGAAAGAAAACGAUGAUAUGACAUAUAAUACAUUCAUAUUCGAUUAUCUUUGUCACAAUUUGAUAUAUUGCAUGCUUGUCAAUUUUACUUAAUAUAAAAUCUUUAAAAGUUCCACAAACAUUCAGUUUUAGUUUACAUUAUUUAGUAGCUGUACUUUUGUUUCUUUUGCUGUACUUUAUUUUUAGUCUAUGCACACAAAUAUAUUUUUUAAAAUUUACAUUAAAUGUCUGAUUAUAAUUUGAAUUGGCUCAAAGAUAAUCGAAAAUGAUUAAUAAGUAUUUUUGAGUUUUCUUUCUUUAUUAUAUUUUACAAUGUGUAUUAAGAUUCUUUUGUACUGCCUAAACGGAAUGUUACGGUAUGAAAAUUUAUAGGAUAGCAAAUUCAUCAUAGUUGGAGUAUGCUAAAAUACUGAAUAUACUUUGUGCCAAAUGAACUAAUUCGAAAUGAACCAAACAAUUUGAGAAUUUUUCUUUGAUUAUAUAUAUAUAUAAUGUUUAAAGAUUUGAUCAUUAUGUUAGUUUCUAACAAAAAUCAGGGAACUUUGAUUAUAUAUGAUUUUAAGACUGAAUUGGUACUGCCUCGAAAAGUCGCUGGCUUGAAAUUACAUUUGAUAUAAUUUUUGCAUACUCUCUUGUGUACUUAAUUUUAUAAAUUGAUAAUAACACAGUAAUCUUCGAAUCAUGAGUCCAAAUCUAUUAUCGGUAAACUGUGUUUUACAAUAAAUCUAUUUGACUGUACUAGAUAUAUACUUGUUUGCAUUCUAAAGAACGCUGUACAACUUAUAAUGUGACAUCAUAUUCCUAUUUUUUCUCCUUUCUUUUACAUUUAUUUAUCAAAACUAUUUCUAGUUUUAGAACGUUUUGAACCAUGUUGGCCUAUAUACAUUAUGUAUUUCUGUAUUUUAUAUUUUGUAUCAUAAUUAACAUUUUAUCGAUGUUAAGUCGAUUUUUAGCAAUUGAAAGUUUUAUGUUGCAUUUAUUAAUGUCUUACAAAAGUGAUAACAUUCAUAUAUUGCCAGUGAUAUAACUGUAACGUGAUGUAUUACAUGUACUCAUUAUUUUAUUAGUUAUAUAAAAUGUACUUAAUAUAGAGUAAUCCGGAUUAGAAGGAAAAACACUUCGGUUUGAAAACUUAACUCUUUCAUUUCUCAACACGGAUUAAUGUGAAAAAAAACGACGAAUUUUCUCUAACAGUAGUGAUUUUUUUUUUUCAUUUCUUUCUUUUAGGAUUUGUAA